UUCAUUGAUGCUAUUCUCUGUUUAAAAAACCAUUGCCCUCUGGAUCAUCAGCCUGUGCCUUUCUGGAUGGGCUUUUCUUACAUUGACUCAGCAGAGAGGAGAGAAGGUCAGGAAGCCAGUCUACAGUGGAGAGUCCAAUGGAGCUGCUAGCAGUGGUUGUGUUUAUUACGGGGCUGCUCUACUCUAACGCUGAAAGCCCACAUGCCUUAGCUCCUGCUGACUGUAAUGAUGCCCAAAUACAAAAAGAUGCAGGGGUGGCUCUUGACUUGAUCAACAAACAUCGCAGAGAUGGCUAUAUUUUAAGUCUGUUGCGUGUUGCUGAUGCCUAUGCACAACAUUCGGAAAACGCAUCUGUUGUGUACUUAACUCUUGAUGUGGUGGAUACAGAAUGUCAUAUAUUAUCUGCGAAACACUGGUCAUCUUGUGGAGACAGGCCGUUCUACCGCAACACGGAGUUUGGACGGUGUAAAGCUGUCGUGUAUAUAAACCAAUUUUCCAAGCAAGAAAAACUGUAUGGAUACAACUGCACCAUGAGCCCAGUUCCACCACAAUUAUAUGAAUGCAAAGACUGUCCAGUGAGAAUAGCAGUCUUGGAAGAUGUGGAAAAAUACAAGGAAGAAGCCAAAAAGAUAUUGCAGAAAUACAAUCAGGAGAGCAAUCAAACACGCUAUUUCAAGCUGGAGAAAGUCCAGAAGAUUUUUACUGCAAUAGCUAGUCGUUCAGCAUAUGUCGUCGAAUUUACCAUAAAAGAAACCAGCUGCCUUCGAACCACAGUUGCAACAGAUGUAUCGGAAUGUGAAUCUCUACAUGGCCAAGAUGCGCAUAUGGGAUUCUGCAGAGGAAGAUUAAUUAAAGAUACAAAAGACCCCAAUGAAGUUGACCUGAACUUCUGUGAAAUCUACAACAUUCCUGCUAUUCCUCCUGAAGGCGAAGACGCUGACUGUGAUGACCCUGAUGUCUUCAAUGCUGUGGACCUAGCAGUGAAGGCGCAUAAUGAUGACCAAAAAGAUGGCAACCUAUUUGCACUGAGAAUGAUCCUUGCAGCCCGCAGAACAGCAGGCCCUGGCAAAAAUUUCCACAUCAAGUAUCAAAUAGCAGAAACCUCUUGUCCUCUCAGAGGAAGUGAUCACUGGCAAAACUGUGAGUUCCUACCAACCCCCAUAGCAGAUUCAGGCGAGUGUUCAGCCGAAAUUCACACUGAUGAUAGUCAAAUCUAUUCCAGUGUUUUCCAGAAAUGCAAAAUUACCACAGGACCAGAAAAGGUGACCCGGUCCCACGCUAGAUGCCUGGGUUGCUGGCACAACAUAAACCGCAAGAGUGAGGAGUUAAUCCCCAUUAUGAAGCGUGCUAUACAACUGUUUAAUAAUGAAAGUCGUCAGCUCUACCUUUUUGAUUCUAUAGGAGUAGAAGUCGCUGCACGUCAGCUGGUUGCUGGAUGGAAAUAUAAAUUUGACUACUGGAUAAAAGAAACAAAUUGUUCCAAAGCUGAAUUUUCAGAUCUAACUCCUGAUUGCGCAAUCUCUCCACCAGGUCACAUGGGCAGCUGUCAUGUUGAAAGCUACGUGGACUAUAGAAACAUGAUUAUAAAUCUUGAACAAAAGUGCCAGAUUGAAGUAGAAAACGGUGAAUAUUGUGCUGGCUGUCCCAAGUCAAUUCCAACUGAUAGUCCACAGCUGAAGGAACCACUGUACCUUUCUCUGGAGAAGUAUAACAAUGAAAGCAACCAUAAAUACUUUUUUAGAAUUACCAACGUAACAAAAGCUACAGUCCAGAUUGUGGCUGGAGUAAUGUAUCGGAUGGAGUUCAGAAUUAAGGAGACAAAUUGCUCCAAGGCAGAGGUUCAUAAACUGAGUGACAACUGUACAAUAAAAGACACAAGUGCAUCACACUACUGUCGAAGCUCUGUGUGGGAGCAACGCUGGCAAAAAAAAGUUGUCGUUGCAAUCACAGUUUCAUGUUCGAUGGAGGCACCUACAAUGAUGUAUUUUAGGAGGCCUCCAGGUUUCACCCCUUUCCGAAAGGCUGCGAUCAUUGCACAGGUAUCCUCUACUGGAGCUGCACACACAGCUGAAGAAAAGUUAAGUGAUACUGAAAAGCCUGGACGUGGACAUGGACAUGGCCACAAACAUGGACAUAAAAAGCCAAAAACUAAGUCUUCUGAGGAAUUACAGGAAGAUGCAGAAAAGCAAGAUGAAAUCCUGCCCACAGCUUCAGACCCCCAAGAGCAAGAGGAAAUUAUAACAACAAAUCUAGAUGAAAGUUUUAUUGGGCACCCAUUGAAACAUAGCACUGUGCCUCCAUUUUCUCUUUUUGACCGACUGCCAGAUCUGCCAGAACCCCCUGCUCCAAAAUGCCCAGGAAAACCAUGGAACCCUAUUAUACUUCCCACAACACCUCUCCCAGACCCUAGGGACUUUGUGCUUGAAGAUCUUCUGCCUGGGGAAGGUGAUGCAGCUGAACCCCAGGAAACAGCUUCAGCCACCAUCCAGACAUACAAUAGAGAUUUUGAUCUUGGAGAUGCUCUGUCCUAAAUCAAAAUCCAGUUUUUUUCUUCAGGAACUCCUAAAAGCUUGCAAAAGUUAAGGUGAAGAAAUUCUUGGAACUUUAAGGCUGCAUACAAGCAUAACAUUAACAUGAGGAGUAUAGGCAUGGUGAGCUUGGUUUCCUCCUAGGUUUGCAACAGAAAUGGCAGGUGCACAAAGCAAGUGUUUAAAUGUUAAUUCAGAUAGCAAUCAUCUCUCUUUCCACAGCAUGUUUAAGGGGAAUUGUUUUUUUUUAUUUUUAUCUAUUUAAACAUUCGUUACUUUUCAUUUUAUAAAAAAUAGAGGGGGGGUUGUUAAAGUGGAUUUUAUAAGUUGCCAAGCUGUUCCAGAGAAGGGCAGGGUGAAGAAUCACAAUGUCACUGGUGCCUCCCAAUCAGAAGUGGCUUCUAUAUCAAAUGUGCAGAACCACUCAUCCCUGUGGUUAAACCUGUGUUUAUUUGAACAGAAGGUGAUCACUGUACUUCUAUAUCAGCCACACUGGUCAAAUAAUGUUAAGUUUUGCCUGCAGCCUUUGUUAGCCAGUCAUUUUCUGAGAUAAUGCAACUGUGACCUUAGCUUGCUUCUGGCAUCUGAUUGCUAUUUUGUUCCUGAUAUAUUGCAAAUAAUUUUAUUAUGCCAGUAGAGCUAUACUAGAACUGAAAUGUCAAAUACGAAAUGCAUAAUGUAAUCCACUCUUUCUGUUAUGCAGUAAAUCUGUCUGUACUCUCUUCCUUGGAUCUAGCAAAUAAAAAUCAAGCAUCAAACAUUA